AUGAAAGUUUCAUUGAAGGAGCCUGAGGAAGAAAUGAUUGACCAAGAAAGGCCUAAAGAAUAUUACUUUGCAAACUAUUCUGAGGUUCAAAGGCAACAAUUUCUACAGAGCGCUAUAGAUUACGAUACGAUAAUACAAGAAAAUGCAAAGAUUCAAGAGGAUGAUCUACGAGUACUUCAUAAAUGGUCGUACUGCCAAGGUAAAAUAAUGAAUUUGCACGAACACAAUUUGGAGAUCGCAUCACAGCAGCAAAGGGAUCUGAAAAUCAAAAAAAGAAGGCCAGGCCAGAAACAACGUGUAGCUAAAAAAUUAGCUCUUGAAAGAACCAAAGAGCGUGAUGCCAAAGCUCGUGAGAUAAAGAAAUUGUUAAAGAAAAAGUUUCAUAAGCGUGGUGGAAAGAAGAAUAAGAAAAAAGCAACCUUAAACCCACUAGCUAACGCUGGCAGCACCCAUAAGGUUAGGGCAGGAUGA